CUUCGGAGACGGUCUCGAGCAGUGAGUACUAUGAGGAGGAGGACGACCUGGUAGAUGCCGCUAAUCAGUACCAGGUGGCAGCACCACCGCCGUACGUUCCGAUUCGAUCCUACGAUGUUAACAAGCAGCGGUUCUUCAGCAGCAGGGGUGGCGUUGGGAAUUACGGUGAACAUCAUCAGCAUCAACACCAUCACGGUUCUUCAUUCGUCCGCCGUGGCAGCAGCAGCGGUCUGUUAGAUCUACAACCAGAGCUCCCAGCACGUGAGGUACGCGAGUGGCACGGCGGGGGUGGCUACCGUGAGUCGUCGUCGUCGGUUUACCGGAGAGAGAAGUACUACCACAACUACAACGACGACCACCAGCACGACAACUUUAUAAUAAUGUCCAAUGAAAGUGGCGCAGACGCCGAACGAGCCUUGAAAACGCCCCCCAAUCCCGGCCACAGCGAUGGAGGCAACACCAACACAGGCGCACCGAUUACUACUGGCGGUGGCCCACUGGCGAUGGCUUCGGGAGAGAACGAUCCGGCGAGUCAGGUCAGUGGUUUACAAACAACUCCAAGUAACGGAACGUUUGGUGCUCCCAGUGCUGCCGCGAAUCCAGGUGCUGUGACCCAACAACAACAACAACAGGCGGGUGAUAAUAUUAACAAUAAUAGCAGCGGUCAGAAGGAGGCCAACGAAAGUGAACCAGCGCCUCCGCCUCCGCUGCUGAAGCCAAAACCGUUAAUCAAGAGCAAGGCAUCGGUGUCACCGUUACCGUUGAAGCGAGCAGCAGCAGCCAAUAAGCCCACGACGCCCAUACGGGACACCAAUGGCAAUGGAAACUUUGAUGGCAGUCCACUAGCGGACGGCGAUCCUCUAGGACCAACAGCGGAAUCAACUGGUAAUGGACCAACGGGGAGCAUCCGGCAACCUACGACAAAUCCGAACGCUCCGACGCGUGCUCUCGGUGGAAUAAAACCACGUAAAGGUGGUGGCUGGAAGGCUCGACCGGACAGUGAAUCGUAUACCCAGAAUAACCUAUCGCCAACGGACGACGACGAAAGUGGUCCUGUGGUGCCUCGGACCGUGAACGUGAAUCCGGUGAUAACAAGUAACGUGGUGGUGAAUCGUAGUAAGAUCGGCUCUAGUGGUGGUGGUGCAAUCGGUGGUGGUGGCCGUGGCGGUUGGGGUGCAAAUCAACGCCGACAGGUAGCUUCCGGGAGUCGAGUGCAAAGUCCUUCGGGUCCCGUCGUCCAACCCAUAGGAUCCGGUGCGGCACCAGUGCCGCCCUUUAUGGACAAUCAGAGUGAUCAAUCUUCCUCACAGCCACAGACUACGCCGGUUCAUCCGGCCAUUAGCAUAGCGGCGCGAACUCCAUCGCGCACCGAUCUUUCCCUCGAAAACAUUCCCGGUCCGUCCGGCUUAUUGCCGCACAACCCGGGCGUACCCGGCACCAUCGGGGGCAAUCCGCAAUCACGAUACUCAAACCUGUCGUUCUGGAAAGCCAGACGGGUCCUGUUCUACCGGAAUGGCGAUCCCUUCUUCCCGGGGGUCGAGUUCCGCUUCAAGCCCGGACGUGACAUUUGCACACUGGAGGCGCUCCUGGAUAAGAUCUCCGCGCGGAUGGAUCUGCCCCGGGGCGCCCGGUACAUCUUCUCGAUGGACGGCGACCGCAAGUACUCCCUCGACGAGCUGGAGGACGGCUCCAGCUACGUGGUUUCCUCGUUCAAAGUCUUCAAGCCUGCUAGUUAUGGUAAGAAAAACGGCGUUUGGUACGCAUCGCCCGGCAACCAGGGCUGGGGCACCGGAAGUCGCCUGAGCCGCAAGCCCUCCGUGACCGAAGUGGACAGCAUGCCGUCCGGCAGUCUGAAGCCGAGCGCCGGACGGGUGAUUCGGAUUAUCAACAGUCACGAUCAUAGUGUUCAGUGCCGCGUACUGCUAAAUCUCCGUACAUCGCAACCCUUCGAGGAGGUCCUGGAGGACCUCGGUCAAGUGUUGAAGAUGAUCGGCGCCAAAAAGAUGUAUACCAGCAGCGGUCAGGAGGUGCGCAGUUUCUCCCAGCUGCGCAACGAAUUCGCCGAGGUCGACACCUUCUACCUGAGCAAUACCCCUUCGCUUCCGGUCGGUGCCCUCGGGCCGGGUGUAGUGAUUCCGCCUUCGCCGGCGCGACGCUCCCGCUCCCGGCUGGGUGGUUCCGUUCCGGAUGACCUAUCGAAAACGGCUCGGCAGCGAGCACGCAGCAAAAGCAGACCCCGGGUGCUGUACGCGCCGGAAAACGAACUGGUACGGGCGUCGUCCGAUUACCCCCUGCUGGACUCCAUGAAAGAGGAACCCACCCGCAUUACCAUCAGAGGACUGCGGCGUACCUUCUAUCCCCCGAUGCACCAUCCACCGGUGGAUAAUUCACCGCCGGAUAAGAAGCUCUCGCUGUUCUGGGUGCAUGGUUAUCGCGGCAUCGACUCAAAACGAAAUCUCUGGGUACUGCCAUCGGGUGAGCUCCUGUACUACGUUGCGGCUGUUGCCAUUCUGUACGAUCGGGAAGAGGAAGCACAGCGGCACUACACCGGACACACGGAGGAUAUCAUGUGUAUGGAAGUGCACCCGUCCCGGGAACUGGUUGGUUCCGGUCAGCGUGCCGGUCGCGACCGCAAAUCGCAAGCCCACGUCCGCAUCUGGAGCACGGAAUCCCUUCAAACGUUGUACGUGUUCGGGAUGGGCGAGCUGGACACGGGCGUCCUCGCAGUGGCCUUCUCGCAGCUCAACGGCGGCAGCUACAUCCUGGCGGUGGACGCUGGCCGCGAGAGUAUACUUUCCGUGUGGCAGUGGCAGUGGGGACAUUUGCUCGGCAAGGUGGCGACACUGCAAGAGGGCAUCUGGGGCGCGACAUUCCAUCCGCUGGACGACAAUCUAUUGAUCACACACGGCAAAGGCCAUCUGGCGUUCUGGCACCGUCGGAAGGAUGGGUUCUUCGAGAAGACAGACAUUAUCAAACCGCCAUCGAGAACUUUUGUGACAUGUGUUCAGUUCGAACCGGACGGUGACGUAAUCACUGCGGAUAACGACGGUUUCAUCACGAUCUACAGCGUCGACGCCGAUGGGGCGUACUUUGUGCGGAUGGAGUUUGAGGCUCACAGUAAGGCCAUUUCCUGUCUGGUGAUGCUGUCGGAGGGGACGCUCAUUUCUGGAGGCGAGAAGGAUCGGAAGAUCGCAGCGUGGGAUUCGUUACAGAACUACAAACGAAUUACGGACAUCAAGCUACCGGAAUCAGCCGGAGGAGUUCGCACGAUCUACCCGCAACGACCGGGUCGAAAUGAUGGAAACAUAUACGUUGGUACUACGAGGAACAAUAUUCUGGAAGGAUCGCUACAGCGCCGGUUCAAUCAGGUCAUCUUUGGCCACGGCAAGCAGCUGUGGGCAUUGGCAGCACAUCCCGACGACGAGGUGUUUGCAACGGGAGGUCACGAUAAAUACGUAGCGCUAUGGCGGCGCCACAAGCUCAUCUGGACUUCGUCGGUGGGCUACGAGAUCAUUUCGUUGGCGUUCCAUCCAUACGGUGCGGCUCUGGCCGCCGGAAGCUCGGAAGGACAUCUGGUGGUGAUCAAUGCGGAGAACGGAGCGACCAUGCUGACGAUUCGCGUCUGCGGAUCGCCACUCAACUCCGUGCAGUUCAAUCAAGUGGGUGACAUGAUCGCCAUCGGUUCGCAAAACGGCAGCAUCUACCUGUUCCGGGUAUCGCGAGAUGGGUUCUCGUACAAGAAGAUCAACAAGAUCCGGGGUUCGCAACCGCUGACCCACCUGGAUUGGAGUUCCGAAGGCAACUUCCUCCAAUCGGUAACGGUCGAUUUUGAUCUGCUCUUCUGGGACGUGAAAUCCCUCUCGCCGGAGAAGAGUCCCAUCGCCAUGAAGGACGUCAAGUGGGCGACCAACAACAGUACGGUCGGUUUCCUAGUGGCCGGCAUGUGGAACAACCGCUACUAUGCCACACCGGCCAACACCAUCAUAACGACGGCUUCCCGAACGAUCGUACAGGAUCUGAUCGUCAGCGGCGAUGGCGACGGGUACCUGCGCCUCUUCCGCUACCCGUGCAUUACGCCCCGGGCCGAGUUCACCGAAGCCAAGGUCUAUUCCGGAACGUUGGCGUGCGUGAAAUUCCUGCACGGCAACCACAGUCUGGUCACGGUCGGUGGCACCGACGCAUCCCUCAUGAUCUGGGAACUCACCGAAGAAUAGCCACUGUGGCCUCCGUGGCGUUCAGGUGCCGCGCCACAGUCCGCCUCUCCAGGUAAUCUUCCUAACACUAGGCUAGUAGCAAAACAUCAUCAAAAAGUAAACCCAAAAGCCCCCAAAACUCACAUCACCGCCACCUCACCGAUAAUCAGUCAAAAUCCUCUCAGUAACGAAUCAAACGCUAGCAAUAAUCCUAAUCCAAAUCAACCACCUCCAAUCCAA